AAAGUGAUUGGAUAAUGGAUAUCUAUCCUUUUGGCAUUCACGUUGGUGCAAUUAGCUGAGUCUUUGAGUGAGGAAGCUUAUUAAAUGUUUACGUAAGACCUCACAUCGUUCAGCCCAACUGUUCCAAAGAGCAAAGACUUCCUUUACAGAACACAUACACCUAGAAAACACGUACAAUGGAGUCUCAAGAACACAGGUGAUAUAUAUAGUAAGUGUCUAACUACCAGACAUUUGAAAUGAUUAUCGUAUUCUUUUUUGCGUCACUUCUUCUCUCAUGUCUACCUGUCCUUCACUCUGCUACAAACCACAACACUUCCAUUCCUAUCUGCCCAAAAAGUUUCACUUGCCCAAAUUUGGAACCAUUUAGUUACCCGUUUUAUAACGCCAAUGACACAAAGUGUGGGUUGAUUAAGGUCAAUUGUACUUCAAAUGGUACAAAUCUGGAAUUCAGAGGAGAAUUAUAUGAGGUUGGCGGCAACUAUAGAUCUCAUUCUCGUCCAUCCGUCCUGGUCCUUGUCCUUAACAAAAAGUUUGAAAAACUUGUAAAUGAUAAAAAGUGUGAGGCACUUGAGUAUAAUUUCACUUCUCCAAGUCCUCUUAUGUAUUCUAGUUCAAUCACACCUUUCACCAAUAUCUACAAAUGCAGCAACAAUACCAAUCAUGCUGAGGAAAUGGUUGCUUAUUUUAACCAAUCUACUUACAAUAGAUACAGCAAAUGCAAACCAUACAAUUUCUAUUAUAAGUAUAACAUAAGUGAUACAACAUUUCCAAGUGACCUCCCACCUACAUGUGAAGUAAUACGGCUACCUGUGAAACUGCAAUGGAAUACCACUAGAGUACCCGACAAAACCAACAUAUUUUCCGUUCUCAGUUUUCAAUUCUCUAUUACAUUUGAAUUGUCAAGUUCCUGCGAUAAAUGUCGCAAGAAAGACGGACAAUGUCAUGCCCCCAAUGGACAGUUUCAGUGUUUAGGCGUCAAAAAAGAAAACCCACUCGGAAAACUGAAACAUAUCCCAGUUCUUGCUGGAUCUGCUUUCAUCAUCAUCCUCUUUAUUGUCAUCUCCAUAAUCUGGUGUCGGUACAAGAACAGCCCUUUUUCCUAUUUUUCAUCAAAGGGCAAAUCACCACAUGUUGAAGAUGGUAGUAUUUUCUUCGGUGUCUCUGUUUUCUCCUAUACGGAACUGGAAGAUGCCACCCAGAAUUUUGAUCCUUCUCUGGAACUAGGGAAUGGAGGUUUUGGAGCUGUUUACUAUGGUAAACUCCAAGAUGGGAGAGAAGUUGCAGUGAAGAGACUUUACGAGCACAGCUACAAACGAGUCCAACAAUUUGUGAAUGAGAUUAGAAUCCUCACCAGAUUACGCCACCCCAACCUUGUGGUGCUCUAUGGUUGCACCUCUCGACAAAGCCAUGAACUUCUCCUUGUGUAUGAAUACAUCUCCAAUGGCACUGUUGCAGAUCACCUCCAUGGCAAGCAAGCAAAUUCAAGCUUGCUGACAUGGCCGUUGAGGAUGAACAUAGCCAUCGAAACUGCCAGAGCGUUAGUGUACCUUCAUGCCUCUGAAAUCAUCCACCGAGAUGUCAAGACAUGUAACAUUCUUCUUGAUCAGAAUUUCAGUGCCAAGGUAGCAGAUUUUGGGCUCUCAAGGCUCUUACCGAAUGAUGUCACUCAUGUGUCUACAGCUCCUCAGGGAACCCCAGGAUACGUGGAUCCCCAAUAUCACCAUUGUUACCAAUUAACGGAUAAGAGUGAUGUUUACAGCUUUGGAGUGGUCUUGAUUGAACUAAUAUCAUCCAUGGUGGCUGUCGAUUUAAGCAGGUCACAAGAUGAGAUUAGUUUGGCUGAUCUAGCUUUGAACAGGAUACAACGAUGUGCGUUAGAUCAAUUGAUAGACCCGGAUCUAGGAUCCGAUUCAGAUGCUGAAAUCAUGAGGAUGAUAACAUCAGUGGCAGAGUUGGCUUUUCAGUGUUUACAGUAUUAUUCAGAAAUGAGGCCUACGAUGAGUGAGGUGUUGGAUGUGUUGGAGGAUAUCCAAGCCCCAGGGAGAAUUGAUUCUAUAAAACCGCCAACACCGUCUGAAACCAGUGAUAAGACGGUUUUGUUGAAAGACUUCCUGCCUUCGCCAGUCUCCGUCACCGGUGAAUGGCAUAGCGAAAGCACCGUGUCAACUACACUAAGCAUUAGAUAGAUUCCCAGUGAAGAGUCGUAUCAGAACAAAGGAUCAUCAUGUAUAUUCAGGAACACAAUAUGGUUUCUGUUCUAUUUCUCUCCAUCGUUUCUAUGCCCUAAAUAUGAAAGUUUUCAUGUUAUCAGCAACCGGAAUGUAAAUAAUAUUAAGAUGCAUCAUUUGUUGGGUUCAAAGAUACUUUUAUUCUGAAAAGAAAGAUCUUACACAUUUA